AUGGUCCUUGAGGCGCGAGCAAAACUACACGCAGAAGCGGGGGUCGGAUUCUACAAGCGUUUCUCCCGCUUCAAAGACCACGAAGACGACUACAAAGCAGGCCUGAGGCGGAAAGUCACGUUCGCUCCCCCUCCGCUCAUACGAUUUCGAAGGAUUCAAAGCGUUUCGUCGUUCCGCUGGGACUUCAUGCAGCUUUCAGUGGGUGGUCGCAUCAUGGUUGCAGGGUGCCACGACGUCCUCGUCCAGCCACGUGUCACCUCCCAAGCUCGCCACGUGGGGCCAGACUGGAGCUUCUCCGGGGGCAAUCGGUUAGUGGUCAAGCUCGACCCGAAAGCGGUGGGAGCCUGUAAAGCUGAGAACAAUGGAACCGACCCUCCGUAUGACGUCAGCUUUAUCAAGGACUCGUGGAAACCCAAGACGCCUCCGAAAGAACUGGACAACGAACGAGUUAUCAUGUGCGAGGGCCUGCAGUAUUGGCAGGAGACGGGAUUCGCAAAAGUGCAAGAAUCCGAGGGUGAAAACCCGUAUCCCUACAAGCACCCCGCCCGGAGAUAUGCAUAUCGCUCGCUUCACCUGAACCAAGCCGCCUCGGCGCCAUACGCUAUGUACCGAAUGCUGUGCCUCUUCCCGUGGCUUAUCUCCGAGUGGCGUCCUUGCGACUAUUACAAGUGCCUUUGGUACUUCACAGUCGAGCAUAAGGAGACGGGCUUCGUCUUUCAGAUGUCGGAGCACAAGGCUUCUCUGCACGCUGUGAUCGAGUGGGAUCCGGAGAGCCCCUGGGCCGACUGCUUCAAGAGCGAGGCGUGCGCGCUGCUGGAGCUGAUCUUGUCCGACGCCUCCCGUCACCCGUGCGGCGUCCUCGCGGGCAGCAUCGAUCCUGUCGUCUUCAAGCCGUACAAAGAACACUGGACGAAGCUUAAACUGUUCCUUCUGUCCCGGGCCGCGCCGCAUUCUUUCAUCUCCUUCACCUUCUACCGGUCCGGUUUUGGGCCAAGCAAUUGCUUGAUGAAGCGAUGCGUUUCUUCGCUGGUGUGCACAGGGAGGAACACCGGUUUGCCCGGUCUUCCUGCCCGGCCAUCCCCGUCCCUUCUAGUUCUGCCCGGUGAUCUGACCCCCUGCCCGGUCUACCGACUUCCCUGCCCGGUCACAACACCGGGCAGCCAAUCGACGGACGUCCUGCCCGGUCUCGCAAAAUCACUGGGCAGGAAGAAUGACCGGGCAACGAUUCUCUACUACCGGGCAGCGCAUCACAAGGCAGCAACACGACCCGGGGCAGCCGACAUCGCCGGGCAAGUGCGCCGGGCAGCAUCUACAGCCGGGCAGCGCAGUCGGGGAAGAAAACCGGGCAGUGAGAUACGACCGGGCAAUUAG